CUCAAUCAAAACUAUUGCUAUAACCUUUUACUGCAAUGAGUAAUCUUCUUCUAUUACAUUGUAUUAAGCAGGUCUUAGCAGUGGUAGCCUUGGGCUAUUGGUUCUACUUGUUGGCGGAUGGUGGUCCUACAAAGUGAUAAAGAGAAGGAGGAUGAUUAAACAGAAGAACAUGUUCUUCAAACGAAAUGGUGGUUUAUUGUUACAACAACAAUUAUCUUCACACGAAACAAAAGUUGAGAACACCAAAUUAUUUAAUUCAAAAGAUUUGGAGAAUGCAACUGACUGUUUUAAUGUGAAUAGAAUACUUGGCCAGGGAGGACAAGGCACUGUUUACAAGGGCAUGUUGGUAGACGGAAAAAUCGUUGCAGUGAAAAAGUCCAGGGUAAUUGAUGAAGGAAAACUAGAAGAAUUCAUAAAUGAAGUAGUCAUUCUUUCACAAAUUAAUCACAGGAAUGUGGUUAAGCUAAUUGGUUGUUGUUUAGAGACGGAAGUUCCUUUGCUAGUUUAUGAAUACGUUCCUAACGGAACUCUUUUCCAAUAUGUCCAUCACCAAACCGAGGAGUUUCAACUAACAUGGGAUAUGCGCUUACGAAUUGCAACAGAAGUUGCAGGGGCUCUCUUCUAUUUACACUCAGCAACUUCCUCGCCAAUUUAUCAUCGGGACAUUAAGUCUACAAACAUACUCUUAGAUGAUAAAUAUAGAGCUAAGGUAGCUGACUUUGGAACUUCAAGAUCCAUCACUAUUGACCAAACGCACUUAACCACUUUAGUGCAUGGCACUUUUGGAUACUUGGACCCUGAGUAUUUCCAAUCAAGUCAGUUUACAGAAAAAAGUGAUGUUUAUAGUUUCGGUGUUGUCCUUGCAGAGCUAUUAACCGGCAAAAAAGCGAUCUCUUCAACGAGAACAAAAGAAUCCAAAAGUUUAGCCACAUAUUUCAUUGAAUCCAUGGAGGAGAACAAUUUGUUUGAUAUUCUUGAUAGUCGAGUUUUGAAGGAAGGUAAAAAAGAAGAUAUCAUUGUAGUUGCGAACCUUGCAAAAAGGUGCUUGUACUUAAACAGGAAGAAACGUCCAACAAUGAAAGAAGUCACAAUGGAGUUGGAAGCAGUUCAAAUGUUGCAAAAAGCUCCUAACCUUCAACAAAACCAUGAAGAGCUUGAAUAUGUCCAAGCAGAAAUGUAUGAGCCACAGGAUGUCAUUCCCUCAUCAACAAUGUCAACCUCAUCUGUAGAUGUCCAACCAUUAUUGUCUUCCCAAUCGGUAUAAAUUAGUAUUUGUUUAAUGUAAUGUUGUAGGCUAUGAAUAAACAUCAUCCGCUUCAACCCAGAAUUAACUUCGAUGGCUGUAGGGUUUUUUCUAUGGUUUGAAUGAGGAGAAAUAAACUAGGAGAAUGUUUGAAUCUGAUUAAAGUUUGAGAACACUUAAUGUUAUUGAUAAUAACUUCAAA